AUGUCUUGCUCAGCUCGCGUCUCCUCCUGCAAGGUGUCCACUAGUGGGAGCAGCUUCAGCAGUGGUAGCAGAUGUGGUCUGGGGGGCAGCUCUGCCCAGGGCUUCCAAGGAACCAGGAGCUGUGGUCUGAGCAGGGGAUCUAGUGGUGGCUUUGGAGGUGGCAAUGGAGGGAGCUUUGGUAGCUGUUCAGUAGGGGGUGGUUUGGGAACAGCUUCAGGCUCUGGGACUGGCUUUGGCAGGGGCUCUGGCUUUGGCCGAGGUUCUGGAUUCAGCAGUGGUGCCAGUGGAGACUUCUACAGCUAUGGAGAUGGCCUUGGUGGUGGUGUUGGCCAUGGGGGACUUUUCUCAGGAAGUGAAAAGCAAACCAUGCAGAACCUCAAUGACCGCCUGGCUAAUUACCUAGACAAGGUCCACGCUCUGGAGGAGGCCAACGCUGAUCUGGAGAACAAAAUCAAGGAGUGGUAUGGCAAGUAUGGGCCUGGGUCUAGAGAUUCUGGAGCUGGGAGAGAUUACAGCAAAUACUACCCAAUAAUUGAAGAUCUCAAAAACCAGAUCAUUACGGCCACUAUUGAAAAUGCUGGGAUCAUUUUGCAGAUUGACAAUGCCAGACUGGCUGCUGAUGACUUCAAACUGAAGUAUGAGAAUGAGCUGUGUCUCCGUCAGAGUGUAGAGGCAGACAUCAAUGGCCUGCGCAGAGUGCUGGAUGAGCUGACCAUGACUCGCUCUGACCUGGAGAUGCAGAUUGAGAGUCUCACCGAGGAGAUGGUCUACCUGAAGAAAAACCACGAGGAGAUCUCUACUGAUGCUGGGACAGCCAAUUCUGCCAAGAAUGAGAUAACAGAACUGAAACGUACCUUGCAGUCCCUAGAAAUUGAGCUUCAGGCCCAACUGGCCACGAAAAGUUCUCUGGAAGGGACCCUGGCUGACAUAGAGGCUGGCUAUGCAGCUCAGCUGUCAGAAAUCCAGGUGAAAAUCAACAGCCUGGAGGAGCAGAUGUGCCAGCUCCGGGGUGAGACUGAAUGCCAGAACACAGAAUAUGAGCAACUGCUGGGCAUCAAGACACAUCUGGAGAUGGAGAUUGAAACCUACCGCCGCCUCCUCGAUGGAGAGGGAGG